AUGAACUCGUCAUUGCCUCCGGAAGAAGUGAUCCUUAUCUCUCCUCGGCGGAGGUCUCCAGAGGACGCUUCUCUGAACAAGAGGCGAAAAGUCACUCCAUCCCCCGAAUCCUCCCUUUCCAGGAACUUUCUUGUCAUCUCUCUGAUUAGCUCUGUUCGAUCUCAGCCUCUUUUUGCCCCGUCGGAUUUCUCCCCCAGUUUCGCGGCAGAUCUUUUCCCAGGCGCUGAAGCAACCAUAGAAUUCCAUGAAACUGAAAGCUCUCGGCUCUUGUUCCAAGUUUUUCCUGGCACUCAGAGAGUCGACUUUGAUGACCGAGUUCUAGUAUAUCAUUUCGAUCAACUGCCAGCAAAGCCAUGGCCAAAGAAAAUUGCAGGUGUGCCAUGUUUUCUCACAGCAGACCCGAACGAUCGGGGCCCGAUUAUUCCCAUCCGCUAUCGAAGUCGCUCGAAGAUUACCGUCUCCGAAAACUUAGAUCUUAGGGACAACGAAGCAGCUGUCGGCCUAGUUUUUGACUUGGUCCGUGAUUUCUUCGCAAAGACGGAUAUCUCUGUCACUGAAAUACAGUCUUGGGGCCAUAUAAUCAUUAUCGUCCUGGAAAAUGAAGAUAAUAAGGACGAAACCCUAGGGGCGGUUCCCCGGUCAGUUGCCCAGUGUAACUGUUUCUACCUUUUCGAGUCUAUGAUGGCUAGGCCCAGCAAGCUAUCCGCGUUACGACCUAAGGCAGCUUCCGUGACCCAAAUCGAUGAUUCCCGAUAUGACACCAUGAGACCAGGAGUGAUGCUCAGCUCGGGCAAGCAUCCCGAAGAGGGAUGGGAGAUACUUACUUCCUCCGGUGUCCUCGUAAAGGACCCUCUUGGCCAUGAGUAUAUUACGGUUGCCGCUCAUGGAUUUCCGGGAUUUCCAUUCGAUGGAAAAGUCUAUCAUCCUCAUUCUUCUGAUAGAGCCCUUGGCGAAGCCGUUAUCGAACUCUCUCACACAGACGUCGCUUUGGUCAAGCUGAGACAAGGCGUGGAGUUUAUCAACGAGCCAUUUGAAAACACACUUGUGCCAGCGCCUCCCUUCAAACUAGCGGGUUUCGCUCGAGCAGCCGAAACAAGAAUUGGCGACGCUGUCUUCCUCGAUAGUCCUUUCUCGGGCUUUGUUGAAGGCACCCGAGGGGCCCACUCCCAACUUCGAGUUCCUAGUGACGAACCCCUUGAACCGGAGCAAAUAUGGAUCAGCUGCCAGUGGGAUUAUAUGGGUCAAGACUCGGAGCAAGCUAUGGCUGAUGGUGUCUGUGGCUCAGCGAUCUGGGACCAAAAUCACCGAGUUCUCGGGUUUGUUCGAUACGCCCUCUCGUCAGGUGCUUUUCUGGAUUGGUGCAUGAGUAUCAGUGCCGAUUAUCUUCUUGACAAGAAGUACAUUAUGGUCUAG